AUGGCCGACCUUGACAUAGUGAACGCUAGGCGACCUCGACAAUUUCGCAGGAUAGAUAGACAAACGGACGAAGACAACGACGAGGAAGUACGUAAACGGUAUAGAUUCACUCCGCACAACAUAGACAGAUUGGAACGACUGAUAGGCCACAGACUUGAGCGACCGACUCGCAGAAAUCAACCCUUGACACCACGGCAACAGAUUAUGAUUGCUUUACGUUUUUACGCCACUGGGAAUUUUUUACAAGUAAUAGGGGAUACAUUUGGGGUAGAUGUUGCCACGGUUUCAAGGGUUGUAACUGCAGUGACCGACUGUAUUUUUGACAUGAAGGACAGCGCGAUUCAAUUUCCGACGACAGACAGACAUAGACACAGGACUAAGACUGGAUUUUAUGCCAUAAGGGGAUUCCCGUCUGUGAUAUCAGCGGUAGACGGAACGCACGUAAGAAUACAAACGCCCAGUGAUGACGAGGAGCAGUAUGUCAAUAGAAAACAUUUUCACAGCAUUAACGUGCAAGCCAGCUGCGACCAUAGAGGCGUAUUUACAAGCAUAAAUGCCAUCUGGCCGGGCAGUACGCACGAUGCCCAUGUAUUUAGGACCUCGGAAUUGUUCCACUUCAUGGAAACACAUCAUCAUGGCCUUGAAGAUGGCAUACUGCUAGGGGACAGUGCCUACCCUUGCAAGCCUUACAUGCUCACCCCAUACCUGCACCCAGCAAAUGAAGCACAGCAACAUUUCAAUGAUGCGCAUUGCUCCACAAGAAAUGUUAUAGAAAGAGCCUUUGGUGUAUUGAAGAGGCGAUUUCAUAUACUAGAUACAGAGAUCCGGAUGAAGCCACUGAAAGUAAGUAAGAUUGUGGUAUGUUGUGUUGUAUUACACAACCUUGCAAAGCUGUGGGGAGAACCCGAAGAAUUUCCGCUAGAGGAUGACCAGCAGCCCCCUACUGUUCUGAACCAUGACGAUGACAUAUCCGGAAAGGCAGUUCGGGAGUACAUUACAAUGCAAUACUUCAGUUGA